CUUUUCCUGUGCUCCCGCCCCCGGCCCGGAAGUACUUUCUUGGGAAGAUGGCGGCUGUGUCGGUGUAUGAGCCACCGGUUGGAGGCUUCUCUUUUGAAAACUGUCGCAGAAAUGCUGUCUUGGAAGCCGACUUCGCAAAGAAGGGGUACAAGCUUCCAAAGGCUCGGAAAACCGGCACGACCAUCGCGGGCGUGGUGUACAAGGAUGGCAUAGUUCUUGGAGCAGAUACAAGGGCCACCGAAGGGAUGGUGGUUGCUGACAAGAACUGCUCAAAAAUACACUUCAUAUCUCCUAAUAUUUAUUGUUGUGGUGCUGGGACAGCUGCAGACACGGACAUGACAACUCAGCUCAUCUCUUCCAACUUGGAGCUCCACUCUCUGUCCACUGGCCGCCUUCCCAGAGUUGUGACGGCCAAUCGGAUGCUGAAGCAAAUGCUUUUCAGGUAUCAAGGUUACAUUGGAGCAGCCCUGGUUUUAGGAGGAGUGGAUGUCACUGGACCUCAUCUCUACAGCAUCUAUCCUCAUGGAUCUACUGAUAAGUUGCCUUACGUCACCAUGGGUUCUGGCUCCUUGGCAGCUAUGGCUGUGUUUGAAGAUAAGUUUAGGCCAGACAUGGAGGAGGAGGAGGCCAAGAAGCUGGUGAGUGAAGCUAUUGCAGCUGGCGUCUUCAACGACCUGGGGUCUGGCAGCAACAUUGACCUCUGUGUCAUCAGCAAGAGCAAGCUGGAUUUCCUCCGCCCGUACACAGUGCCCAACAAGAAGGGGACCAGGUUUGGCCGGUACAGGUGUGAGAAAGGGACCACUGCAGUCCUCUCCGAAAAAGUCACCACUUUGGAAAUUGAGGUGCUGGAAGAGACAGUCCAGACCAUGGACACUUCCUGAGUGGCGUCAGCGUGGCUGCGUACUGCUGCAGACCGGGGGGGGCCACUGGCAGCCCUCGUGAGACACUCGUCUGAUUGAUGUUGGCUGAAUGAAACUCAAUAAAAUACGGAAACCAGA